UUUCUUUUCUUUUUUUUUCCUGAGGGGGAGGGGCUUAGAGAAAGUCUGCAAGUUUAAUUCAGUAGAGCUGUGUUUUAAGCUGAGCCUCUUUGCAAAGCAGCCAGUGACUUCCUUCCAGCUGCAAACUUUUCAUCAGAAAGUGCUAAAAAACACAACUUCUUUAUGUCUGCCUGCUAAGCAGUUGCUUCGUCUGAUAAAUAGGACUUGGCCCAGUGACCCCCUAUCUUCAGUAACACAUAUUUCAGCUCAGAAGUUCCAGUGGCCACCAUGGAUGACUUUGAACGUCGCAGAGAACUCAGGAGACAGAAACGUGAGGAAAUGCGCCAGGAAGUCGAAAGAGUAACCUAUGAGAGAAAUGACGAUGAUGAAGAAGAAGCUGCAAGAGAGAGACGCCGAAGGGCUCGCCAAGAACGGCAACGGCUAAAUAAGGAUGACACAGAAGGGCAUGAUGGAACUCAGAAUAGCAUCACAGGAGACGAGACCAAGUCUUCUUCAAUAACAAACACUGACCUUUCAGUGGAUGAUGAAGGUGCAUUGCUGGAGAGACUGGCCAAAAGAGAAGAGAGACGUCAGAAACGUCUAAAAGAAGCUUUGGAACGGCAGAAAGAGUUAGACCCAACCAUAUCUAUUACACUCAACGAAACUAUUUCUAUCACAAAAAGUAGUAGAAAUGGAGAAAAUGAAGUCCAAGAAAAUGAUACCUCGCCUAAAGAACACAAUACUGAAUCUUAUACAGGCCAACAUGAAGUUGAAGAGACUGAAACUGUUGACAAGUCCUUCAAGACUAAUGACAGAAAAGAGGAAGAAGUAGAACAUGUAGAAACAGAAGAGGUUGAGGUCAAGCAGGAUAUACAAGAAGAAGCACCUGAGGAACCUCACAUAGAGGAGAAUCAGGUAGAAGUAACUUUCCAAAUUAAGAAUGUAGAGAUGUCUACAGUUGAGAAACAUGGUGAGGUGAGGAUAGAAGCCAUCAUCACAAGAGACAGUGAGAGGGAGCAUGAGCAGAGAGAGGCAGAAGAAAUUAGAGAAUCAGCUGAGGAAAGGGAAACACUUGAGCAAGAAGCAAUACAAGAGACAGCAGAGAGGGAAAGAGAUGAAGUAGAAAAAAGGGCUGCUGAAGAAAGAGAGAGGCUGGAGGCAGAAACAAGACAGGAGGAAGCAUGGAGAGAAAGAAUAGAAGCAGAAAGGAAAGAACUUGAGGAAAGGGACAGACUUGAAGAAGAGGCAAGACGGGAGGCAGCAGAAAGGGAAAGGCUUGAGGCAGAGAGAAAAGCGGAGUUUGAAAGGGAGAAGUUAGAAGCAGAGGAAAGAGAGCGACAGAGAAAACAAGAAGAAGAAGAAAGGAGGGCAGCAGAAGAAAGACAAAAGGCAGAACAGAGAAGGGCAGAGGAGGAAAGGAAAAGACUAGAGGCAGAGGAAAAAAAAAAAGCAGUUGAAAAGAGGAAAGCAGAGGAGAAGAAGGCUGCAGAGGAGAAGAAGGCUGCAGAGGAGAAGAAGGCUGCAGAGGAGAGGGAAAGGAAAAAAGCAGAGGAGAAAAGGGCAGCAGAAGAGAAGAGUAGGUUAGAAGCCAAAAAGAAAGAGGAGAAGUUAAAAGGAGAAGAGAAAAAAGAUGUGAAAGCUGACGACAGACAGGUAAAAGGAAAGAAGCUGGAGGACAAAAUGCAGCCAGCCUUCCUCAGGAAGCAGGGAGAAGACAAAGAAAAUAAAUUUGAAGCUAAAAAAGAUGACAAAGGUCGACCUGGCUUCAAAAAAGAGGAGGUUAAGGAUGAGAAAACAAUUAAAGACAAGGGAGGAAAGGAAGAAUUAAAGGCCAGCUGGGAACGCAAGACUAAAGCUCAAAAUGGAGAAGGUUUACAUGAAGUAACACCACAGAAGCUUAAGCAUAUAGACAAGUUUGGUGGUGCGAAAGGACAGCCAGGUUCUGAUCAGAUGGACACUGGGAAGAAGCUAGAUGAACUCAAGCGUCGUAGGGGAGAGUCAGAAACCGGAGAGUUUGAGAAGCUUAAACAGAAGCAACAAGAAUCUGCCGUGGAGCUGGAGGAGCUGAAGAAAAAACGUGAGGAAAGGAGAAAAAUUAUGGAAGAGGAAGAACAAAGAAAGAAACAGGAAGAAGCUGAGAGGAAGGCUAAGGAAGAGGAAGAAAAGAAGAGACUUAAGGAAGAAAUAGAAAGGAGACGAGCAGAGGCUGCAGAAAAACGCCAGAAACUUCCAGAUGAUGGGUCAUCAGAGGAGAAGAAACCAUUCAAAUGUUUUACUCCAAAGGGUUCAGCUUUUAAGAUUGAGGAACGGGCGGAAUUUUUGCAUAGGUCGUCCCAGAAAAGUGUUAAAGCUUCACAACCAGCAGUGGUGUCCAAGAUUGACAGCCGACUUGAGCAAUACACCAGUGCGAUUGGGACCAACAAAGGCACUAAACUAGCCAAACCUGCCCCAGCCGACCUUCCAUUGGUAACUGAGGGUGUGCGGAACAUAAAGAGCAUGUGGGAGAAAGGAAAUGUUUUCUCAUCACCCAGUGGAGUAGUGUCGCCUAACAAGGAAACAGUAGGAAUAAAAGUGGGUGUCUCAAGCCGUAUUAAUGAAUGGCUUACAAAAACUCCAGAGACCAGCAAAACACCUUCCUCAAAGCCUUCAGAUUUGAGACCUGGAGAUGUAUCCGGCAAACGUAAUAUAUGGGAAAAGCAGCAAACAGAGAAACCUGGGUCACCAACCAAGAUGACAACUGGAGGGAAAAAGUCUGACACUAAUGCAGGAUUACGAUUCGAAAAGGAGCCAUAAAAAGCACUUUACAAGCCACCGGACCAACUCCGUUACAAAGUGCUAAAAUUGUCAUUUUUAUAUUUAUGUUUACUUUACAGAAAAAUGUGUUUCUCAUUACGCCGAAUAAACCCAUGUAUAUUAGCACUGUAUUUAAUACCCACCUUAACACAGUGAAUUCUCCAGAAGUACAGCACUGCCUUUGCACAAGAUCUUCGAUAGUCUCAGCUGUGAAACAAACCGAUUUCUACUGAUACAAUUAUAGCUACGUAAAUUUUAGUGACAGCAAAAGGGCAGUUUUCAAUGAGAUUAUGCACCAGCAGAAUCGCGCUGCACUUUACAGUAUAACACGGUUUACUUUUUUUUCUUUAUAUUAAGACCAGCAUCCAUUAAAGAAAAAAAUACUGUUUUUUA